AUGUCGACUCACAGUAAAGAAGAAAACCUGUUGGAAAUUUCAAACACUGAUUUAGUAUCAACUCUAAUUAGGCGUAGAGGGCAAAUAAAAGCAUCACUCACUAGACAUAGCACGUUUGUUAAUAAAUAUGUUGAAACGCCAAAUGCUAUAUCCGAAGCUGAGUCCAGAUUGAACGUAAUACCAACGCUAUUAAAUCAAUUUGAGGAUAUUCAGUCGCGCAUAGAAGAGAUAGAUGACAAUAACGAUGAUGCUCAUCUUAUUGCAAGAGAAGAGUUUGAAACCCGAUACUACAGCGUAGCGGGCCAACUUAACAGGUUGAUCCAGCCAACCAAAUUUGCAAUAGCAAACUUAGGAAACACCAGUGACAACAAAGAACAAAAAACACCAGUUCAACAGUUGGAAGAAUUAUUUGCAAGAAGUGUAGGCAGCGCCCCACGCUCUCGUUCAUUACUGCCACCGCUACCACUAGAAAGCUUUGACGGUGACUAUAAUAGUUGGCCUAGAUUUUAUAGUUCAUUUGUGAGCCGCGUAGAAAAUGAGAAAGGCGUAUCGAAUGCAGACAAGUUCCAUUAUUUAAGGUCUUGUCUCAAAGGUGUACCAUUAGACUUAGUAGAGUCAUUAGAGAUUAAUGACUCUACAUAUGUUACGGCUAUAACAGCACUUAAGGGUAGGUAUGAGCGAAAGAGGUUAAUCACCGAAGCCCACGUCAGGUCGUUAUUAGAGUUACCCAAAUUGACAAGUUCAUCAGCUAGUGACCUUCGUGGAUUUUUAGCCAACAUCACAAAACAUAUUGAAGCGUUAAGAUCCCUAAAAAGACCAGUAGAUCAGUGGGAUGAUUUGCUAAUUGGUAUAACACGGAGUAAGUUAGAUCUAAGAACCUUAGAACAAUGGGACCUAUCAAUUGGAGUGACAGAAGAAGUUAAUUUCAAUAAAUUAACCGAAUUUCUAGAGAGAAGGGCUAGCUCAUUGGAGUCCUUCGAAGGUCAAAAUUCCAGCAUAAGUAAUAAGAAAAAGGGUUACAAAAUUAACGAAAAGGGUGCAUCAGUCUUAAGCACCCAAGGAAGCCGGACAGUCUGUUGUUUAUGCUCACAACCACACACGCUGUUUUUUUGUCACAAAUUCAAAGCGAUGCAACUGACCGAAAGGUACAACACAGUAAAAACGCACAGAUUAUGUUUUAACUGCCUUUCACCUUCACACGGUGCUUCGAGCUGUACCCAGAGUGGUUGUAGAAACUGCAAGUACAAGCACAACACAUUGCUACACGGUCUGCCUUAUCAGAAAAAAGCAGAACCCUUGGGUACCAGCAAGUCAAGAACCGCUGAGCAGGACCCCUCAAAAGCCACUUCGAGUCAAAGCAGCCAGGAGGUCAAUGAUGCCAAAAAUGUAACCGAACCGCAAGCCACGGUCAAUUUAGCCGCUCUGCACAGUCAGUCAAACGCAGAACAAGUUUUGUUAUCGACCGCCAUAGUAUUUGUUCUAGAUAGAAACGGUACGAAAAAGCCUUGCCGUGCGAUUGUAGAUAACGGUUCGCAAAUAAAUAUUAUAACCAAAUCACUAGUCAAGAAAUUAAGAGUGAAAAGUGUGCAAAGUAAGUUACCCAUAAGUGGCGUUAAUGGAGCCAGUACUACAUCGUCUGAAGAAGUCGAGAUAACAAUUUUCAGUCAGAACUCGCAGUUCUCUGCGAAAAUUGGAUGUCAUACACUUCAUGAAAUUACAAAUACGAUACCAAGUCAAUCAAUAGACUUUUCCUCUUGGUCAAUUCCACCACACAUACUGCCGCAUUUGGCUGAUCCUGAAUUCUACUUAUCGUCCAAGGUAGAGUUAUUGCUGGGAGCCGACAUCUUCUUUGAAGUGUUACAAGGCGAGAAGUGGUCAUUAGGCAAAGAACUACCUUGGUUGUAUAAUACGUCAUUCGGAUGGAUAGUAUCAGGUUCGAUUGGCAAUACUAAGUCCCGUAUCAGAAUCAGUCCAGGGUCUAGUUCUUGUCUCUUGAACAUAGCUGGCUGGAUGAAAAACGAGCAAGUCAUGUCAAGACGAAAUGUAGAUGAAGCGAGCGAGAUUAUGUUUAGGGAAACACAUGGAAGAGACAAAACAGGACGAUUUUCUGUCUAUCUUCCAUUCACAGCAGAUGUGAGAGAGCUAGGUUCAUCAUUCCAGAUGGCCCUGAAGCGAUUUACAAAUUUAGAAAGAAAGCUUAGUGUCACGCCACAGCUGAAAGAUGAUUAUGUGAAUUUUAUGAAUGAGUACGAGACACUAGGACACAUGAGCAAAAUCGAUGAUCCAGUUUCCGAUGCACCAUACUACUAUCUACCGCACCAUGCGGUGAUCAAAGAAACAAGUCAGACCACGAAGGUCAGAGUCGUCUUUGACGCAUCAGCAAAAACGAGUAAAGGAAACUCGUUGAAUGAUAUCCUCGCUCAAGGUCCAGCCAUACAGAGUGAGCUUUUUGACAUAGUGCUACGUUUCCGCCACCAUAAGAUUGUCAUCACAGCUGAUGUCGAGAAGAUGUACCGCCAAGUAUGGGUUAAUCAAGAGGACCGGGAUUACCAAAGAAUACUGUGGAGGAACUCACCAGAGAAAGAAAUAGAUCACUACCAUCUAAACACCAUCACAUAUGGGACUGCGCCUGCAGCCUUUCUAGCUACUAGAGUGCUGAAAGAGAUCGGUCUAUUAGCGGCUCAGGAUAAGCCCUCAGCCAGCAGAGCAAUCCAAAGGGAUUUCUACAUGGACGAUUUUCUCAGUGGUGGAGACACUACAGAAGAAUGUGUAAAGCUGUAUCAUGAGGUGUUAGAGCUACUAGAGAGUAGUGGUAUGCGUCUAAGGAAGUGGUGUUCUAGUGCUCCGGAUGUUAGAAAAAAUAUAGCAGCAACAUCUAGUGAACCACACUAUUCAUUAGACCUUGGAGACAACUACACAAUCAAAUCGCUUGGCCUUAUUUGGUGUCCAGAAUCCGACAUGUUGCAAUUUAACCUUUAA